AUGGCGGACAAGCUGGGCCUCACUCGGGCUGGUGCCCGCCUCUUUGACAUCUUCCCCUCCAUCGGUGGCUACGACCGCAAGCCCCGCUCGCACAUCACCCAGCAGGGUGAGCAUCUAGAGUCGGCCAAGAAGCACGAGGCCUCGCUUGUCUUGCACACCGUCCAGCGCUUCGACAAGUACGAGUCGCACAUGCUCGCCGCCAAGCACAAACACGCCAUCAAGCACUCGCGCCUUGCCCGCCACGCCUAUCUCCACUACAUGCCGAUCCGCUCUGACGAAGAGGCCAUCCGCCUUUCGGCCCUCGCUCUCCAAGCCGCCUUUGGCUCGUUCGACCCGCAUGUCCACCGCAUCGGCUUCCUCAACCGCACCCAUAUCCUCACCGACUACGUCCCGGCCUUUCUUGUUGUUGACGCCGUCGAGACCUCGGCCUCGGCCGCGGCCACGGUCCUCAACAUCCCGCAUGCCGGCGCUGCUCGUAGCCCUAAGAGCAAGCCAGGCGCCGCAGACACCCCGCUCACCCGCCGCUCCGCUGACGAGUGGGAGCGCCUCAUCCUCGCCCAGCUCCAGCUCGAGCCGCCGCGCUCCACAGGCCUCGCCACCCUCGCCUUCCUCACCACCAUCCGCCGCUCCGAGUACUACGGCGCCAUGUACUUUAUGCCCUCAAAGGUCGAGACCUCGCUCCACGGCCUCCUUCCGCACCGCAUUAUGAUCUGCAUCUCGCCGUCCCGCAUAUACUUUGUCGACCACACCUCGCGCACCCGCAUCGCAAAGUACCACUUUAAGGAGCUCCGCCACUGGGGCGGAGAGCACUCGCACACAAAGUGGCUUGUCACUAUCCUCAAGGCGGAGGAGGCCCGCCUCCUCCGCUCCGGCUCUCAUGCCAUCCUCGGCAAUGCCCGCCUCAUCCCGCGCCAGCCAUCGUCCCCUGACGAGCCAGAGCCGGCCGUCUCCGACGAGACCUAUGUCUUCCACACUCCGCAGGGUCUCUUUAUCUCCACCGCCCUCUUCAAGGCCAUCCACGAGCACAUCCGCGACCAGCACAUGCGAACCGCCUCGCGUCGCUCUGGCCCGCCUGUCCGCAGGCACCAAGCCCCGCCGACGCUCGCCAACCCACUCUACUCCCCCUCGGCCGACGUCCAGGCCUUUGCGACCACGGCCUCCCCCGAUUCCACAGCCGCCCGGAACCCGGUCGACACAGCCGGCCGUCGUCGACAUCACCAUGCCGGCCUCGGAUUCGGCCCGCGGCCACUCCUCCUCGCUCGACUCGUCGUUUUCGGCCUACACCUACUCGUCCUCCUCGGGCAUCGACUACUUUGA